UCUGGUGAACGUUGUUGACAUCUGUCAAUAUUCUUCGCGACGAUAACGCGUGAUGACAGCGUAAAUUGUUGCUCGAUUCGAUUUUAACAUGACUGCCUGUCGAUUAGAGCCCUGUAUCAAACUUCCUCUUUCGGAGGAGAAAUUGAGAGAAAGCGUGGAUAAAGCAAAGGAUUGGACACUUAUGCACGGAAUAUCCAAAAGAUCUAUGAAGAAUUACAGUAAGGAUCAAGUACAGCUACUACCAUUUACGCUGAUACCAUCGAGCUUUCCUCAGAAGCCUUUUCUCAUCGUAAAAAAUGUACAAGUUUUGUUAAAUCAACUUAUUCACAAGGUCGCUUACGAUAAGGAGUUUCUUACAAAUAGUUUAAAGAGCACCAUCCAAACUGAUUCGUUUACAGCAAAAUUGUUUCGUAUUUACGAAACAGUAUACGAAGAAGGCUUUAGUCAGAACAUAAGUCUUGGAUUACUAAGAUCGGACUACUUAUUACACGAUGAUUGUAAGAUAAAACAAGUUGAAAUAAAUACAAUAGCAGCUAGCUUUGCUGCCUUGGCUACUAUUACAUCUCAAUAUCAUAAAUAUAUAUUAGGAGAAUUGGGAUAUACCAAGGAAGCAAAUGAACGGAUUCCAGAAAAUAAUGCCAUUAUUGGAUUUUGUGAGGGACUAGUACGUGCAUGGGAAUUAUAUAAUAAUACAGAGUAAGGAUAAUACAGUAGAUAUACAGUAGAUAUACAGUAGA